CCUGAACUGCCAGGAUUUUGUCAAAAUCGGCCAUAGCUACCCGGGUGUCGCAUUGGUACCUACCAGAAUAAAACUCGGAGGUUUCCGAGACGGUUAAUUAUACCUGUUUUAGUGGUUUUCUCUUUAUAAAGGCCGACACGAUUCCCCAUUUGCGGGAAUCGUUAUCCUAACUGCAGUUAACAUGAAUCUCAACUUUUCUGGAACUAUCAACGUCUUUAAGCUCCUAACAAAACCCUCAUUAUGUCUUCCUCACGCAACAGCCUCCACAUUCAAUGAUAUACCAACCCCUCUCAGCAAAGCGUUCGAAGGUCGAGGCAAAAAAAUAGAUAUUAGGGCUGUAAUACUCGACAAAGACGAUUGCUUCGCUUAUCCUGAUUCCAAUGAGAUAUACCCUGCUUAUUUGGAAAGAUUCCAGAAACUUCAAGAAGAAUACCCCGGCCAUCGUCUUCUCGUAGUUUCCAAUACAGCCGGUGCGACUACUCAUGACCAUGAUGGACGCCUAGCAAAGGAGCUCGAGGUGGCUACUGGAGUUUCUGUACUGGCUCAUAAAGUGAAAAAGCCCGGCUGCAGCGACGAAAUACUAGCUCACUUCAAAGCCCACCCUGAGGCCGGCGUAACGCAUCCAAGCCAAAUCGCUGUCGUUGGAGAUCGUCUAAUGACUGACAUUAUGUUGGCCAAUAUGAUGGGCAGCUGGGGUCUAUGGAUUAUGGACGGCGUUAAACCAUUAGAAAAGAAGAGCGUAUUCUCUAAAUUUGAGCAGCGUCUCGGGCCAUUUUUAAUGGCACGUGGUUACCGUGCCUCUGAUCCUCUAUCCCCAUUCGAGUAACCUCUCCGUAUAUUAUAUCAACUCUCAACUUAUAUGGUCAGAUCCGUAGGACUGACAGCGGCUGUCUCUCUUAUAUUAGGUAACCAUUCAGGUAAUUAUAAUCCCCCAAGCUUAUAUAGGAGGAAAUCUAUCCUUCUAAAUAGCAAGGGGGGAUAUUAAGCUCCUUGGCUAAAUCUCUCUUUACCAUUUGAACUACUAAGGUAUAGAUAAUGUGUUAGUAGAGAUGUUCUAUAGGCAUUUUUUAUUCAUAUAUGCCUUUUGAAUUGAGUCUAAAGUAUAUCAGGCCACGGUUUAUAUUUACUUCUAUAUGUUAUAGUGUCUUUCCUUCUUUGAGGCCAUGUGAGUAGAGCGUCGAAUACCAAUCAUCCUCUCCUUUAAUUUUCGUAGCAUCGCGCUGUAUAUAUCACUGAUACAGAUCCACGACAGAAAGUCAGCUUUGUUGUUCGU